AUGCAUAUAUCUCUGAGAUCAGCCCUGGCACACUCGGUCCUGCUGAUGUCCCUGCCGAUGCUGUCACAAUGCGCACCUACGCCCGCCGCCGCCGCCGCUGCUGCCACCGGCGGUGAAGACAUCAUCGACGCCGCUCUCGAAAACAUACGGUCCUCCAUCGCCCACGACAGCCGGGCGUCGCUGGCCAGCGUCCCCCUGCGCAUCAUGCCCCUCGGCGCCUCCAUCACCUUCGGCCAGGCCUCGACCGACGGCAACGGCUACCGCAAGGCCCUGCGCGACGCCCUCGUCCGGUCCGGCAGCACCGUCAACAUGGUCGGCUCGCGGCGCAACGGGACCAUGCGGGACAACGACGUGGAGGGCUGGCCGGGCUUCGUCAUCGACCAGGUCCGCGACAAGGCGAGGGCCGCCGUGCCGCCGAGCCUGCCCAACGUCUUCCUCGUCAACGCGGGCACCAACGACGCCAUACAGGACAAGGACGUCGCCGGCGCCGGCGGGCGGAUGGAGGCCAUGCUCGCGGACCUCUGGACCAUGAGCCCCGGGUCGACGGUCGUGCUGUCGACACUGUUGAUCAACCUCAAGGACGCGACGGAGCAGCGCGUGCAGGCGGUCAACAAGCAGUUCGCGGACCUGGCACGACGCCUGCAGGCCGGCGGCAAGAAGAUUGUCGCCGUGGACAUGCACGGCCCCGCGGGCCCGCUCAAGUCGGACAUGCACGACGACACGCACCCCAACGAUGCCGGGUACGUCAAGAUGGCGGGCGUGUGGAUGGGCGGGAUCCGGGAGGCGACGAUGAGGGGGUUCAUCAGCAAGCCUGCGGACAAUGGGAUCCCCGAUGACGGCGGAAACGACCCCUAA